AUGGCUCUGCGGUGCGAGGUCCUGGACGAGCUGCCCGCGGCCUGCCUGUCGCCGUGCGGGCCGCCCAACCCCGCCGAGCUGUUCAGUGAGGCGCGGCGCCUGGCGCUCGAGGAGCUGGUGGCGGGCGGCCCCGACGCCUUCUCGGCCUUCCUGCGACGCGAGCGCCUGGGCCGCUUCCUGAACGCCGACGAGGUGCGCGCCAUCCUGCGCGCCGCCGAGCGGCCCGGCGAGGAGGCCGCGGCGGCCGAGGACUCGUUCGGCUCGUCGCACGACUGCUCGUCGGGCACCUACUUCCCCGAGCAGUCGGACCUGGAGCCGCCGCUGUUGGAGCUCGGCUGGCCCGCCUUCUACCAGGGCGCCUACCGCGGCGCCACGCGCGUCGAGGCGCACUUCCAGCCCCGCGGCGCGGGCGACCGCGGCCCCUACGGCUGCAAGGACGCGCUGCGCCAGCAGCUCCGCUCGGCGCGAGAGGUGAUUGCCGUGGUGAUGGACGUCUUCACCGACAUCGACAUCUUCAGAGACCUGCAGGAGAUGAGUCGGAAGCAUGGGGUGGCUGUCUACAUCCUUCUGGACCAGGCUCUGCUCUCUCAGUUCCUGGAUAUGUGCAUGGAGCUGAAAGUUCACCCUGAACAGGAAAAGCUGAUGACGGUGCGGACUAUUACAGGAAAUAUCUACUAUGCAAGGUCAGGAACCAAGAUCAUUGGGAAGGUUCACGAAAAGUUCACUUUGAUUGAUGGCAUUCGAGUGGUAACAGGCUCCUACAGUUUUACGUGGACGGAUGGCAAAUUAAACAGCAGUAACUUGGUAAUCCUGUCUGGCCAAGUAGUGGAACACUUUGACCUGGAGUUCCGAAUCCUGUACGCCCAGUCAGAGCCCAUCAGCUCCAAACUCCUGUCCAACUUCCGGAUCAGCGGCAAGUUUGACCAUCUCACUGACUGGAAGCCGCAGUCCAAGGAGCUCACGCUGGGCAACCUGCUGCGGAUGCGGCUGGCCAGACUCUCCAGCACGCCCAAGAAGGCCGAGCCGGAGCCCGAGGCGCCCGCAGAGGGCCCAGCAGAGAGCGGGCGCCCUGCCUCCACGUCCUCCACCCUUGGCGAGGACGAUGACUGCUGCGGCCACGACGACCAUGACGGCUGCAGGGGCGGGAAGGCCGUCCACAUGGCCACUCAGACAGAGCCGGGAGAGGAGACGCCAGCCGCGGGCACGAGGGAGGUGGGGACGCAAACCAGCACGAGCACAGCGUGUGCCGGGACCCAGAGCACGGUGGCCACCAGGGCGGCGAGCUCCCAGACCGCGCUCUGCUGCAGGUCCACCCCCACCCAGACUGACGAGGCCGAGAGCUUUCUCCUUUCUCAGGGAGCCCAGUCCAAAGAAGCAUCACCCGUGUCCAAGAUGUCCGUGUCCAGGUCUUCCAGUUUGAAGUCUUCGUCCUCUCUGUCUUCCCAGGAAUCUGUGGCCAGCUCCACUGGCUCCCACACUUCCAUCAGAGCCCCCGACUUCCACACCCCUGGCUGCCCCAAGUUCCUGGGCACCCCCCACCUGGAGCUGUGCUUCAGAGAUUCGUUUAGGAACUUGAAUGCGGAGCGGCAGUUUCACUUCGCUGGGAUCCGGUCCCGGCUCAACCACAUGCUGGCCAUGCUCUCGAGAAGAACCUUCCUCACUGAGAACUACCUCAGCUUGCAUGCCGGAACCUUCCCCAGGGCCUCCGUGAAUCUGCUGACUAUCAGAGACAUAGCACUUUACCCGUCCUACCAGUGACCGCUCAGGGCCCACUCCUGCCUCCGGCCGUGCUGGUGGGAGGUGCUCAGAGCUUCCUGCUCUGUGGAGAGCACCCGCUGUCCCUGCCUUUCCUUCACCUGACUGUCAGAAUUCUGCAAGCUGCAAAUUAUUUGACUUUUCUUUUUGUCAAACCAAGGAUGGGUUUUAUGCUUUAAACACUACUGGUACGGUUGUUUUUUUUUUUUUUUUUUCCACGACUUUAAUAUUGCUAUCUCUUUCAGACCAUGUUUAGAUGUUCUAAGGUUAAUUCAGGUGGGAGAUACAAUAUAUGUUUCACAUUUUACUUGAUUUGUGUGCUUUCUCUUUUAGAGGUUUGAGUCACCACUAUUUUUAUGAUCACCAUCCUAUUUAGAAAAAAAAACUUGUUUUUUAAUGAUUUAUCUCUUUAAAAUCUAUAUUCUUAAAAUUAAAUAAAU